GGGAGCACAGACAGGUCAACAACUGAGAAGGAGGUCCUUUAUGUGAAAUACCUGCAUAAAGAUGGUGUCCCUCGCAUGGCAUUUGUGGGAACUGAGGACAUUGAGAGUGCCACAGCUGACGGCAUCCUGCAUUGCAUCCGGUCACUGUUAAUCUCCAAGGGCAUCCCUAACUGGACCGAUCAUCUUGUUGGUUUCGGAGCAGAUGGAGCCAGCGUUAACUUUGGAUGCAGGCAGGGCAUCUACACAAAGCUAAAAAUGGACAUGCCAUGGCUAAUAGGCAUUCAUUGUUUAGCUCAUCGUUUGGAGCUAGCCUGUAAGAAUGCCUUCCAGGGAACAUAUUUCAAUCAAGAGAUUGAUGGGUUCCUAUCUUUCUAUACAUCCUUCUAUCGAGGGUCAGGGAAAAGAAGACGGGAGCUGGACCGGCUGGCUGAACUGCUCGACGAGUCUGUCCUGACACCCACUAGGGUAGAUGGGACCAGAUGGGUUGAUCACCGCAGAAGAGCCCUUAAAGCACUCGAGACGAACAUCCCUGCAGUCAUCGCUCAUCUAAGUGAGGUGGGAAGUGAUCAGCGGCAAGAUAUAAAGAAAGCAGAUGCUGCAAGAGUGAGAGGAUGGCUCAAGAAGGUUAAGUCCAAUGAAUUCCUCCUCCAUAUAGGUCUUUACAUGGAUGUUUUGGAUGAGUUGUCCCAUCUAUCUCUCCAGUUCCAGAAAGACAGCAUCUCUCUCCCCACAGCUGUGGAGGCUAUUGAGACUUCCAAAGAAGUGCUGAAAGACAUGGCGAAAGGUGAUGGCCCAAAGCUUAGAGCAGUGAAGGUGGAGUGUAGGUGUGGUAGUUACAGAGGUGUAGCGCUUUCUGACACUUAUGCAGAUGCUGAAGAAAGAUUGAAGAGUUCCAGAGAGCCGCUCAUCCAUGACAUUGUGGCCUGCCUGGAUGAAAGGUAUCAAACAGACACAAUUCUCAUGGCCAUGUGUAAACUGGACCCUAAGCACUGGCCUGAAGAUCUGACUGAGUAUGGUAAUGAGGAGGUCUUGCUGCUCCUAGAGCAUUUCAAGGAAAUACUAAAGAAAAACGGGUGUAAUGUAGAAAACGUAAUGGCAGAGUGGACCCGUCUUAAGAAGGUCAUCAACAGGAGUUACAGAGGUCUAAAGUGGGAGGAACUAUGGUCACAGAUUCUAAGGGUGUGGUCUGAGGAGUUCCCCAACAUACUCCACAUCAUUGAAAUCAUUCAAGUCAUGCCGAUGUCCACCUCCAAGGUAGAGAGGGCGUUUUCUCUUCUGAAUCGAGUCAAAACUGACUGGCGGAUCAAUCUCAACACAGCCACAGUGGAAGACCUAAUGAUGAUCUCACUGGAGGGACCAGAAGAAGAAGAUGCAGCUGCUGGAUGUGUCGAAUCUGCUGUGAAAAAAUGGUUUCCGCAGUGGGAAGAAAGCAAGGCGGCCCCAUAUAAAACCCUAUGGGAAAAGGCAGCAGGUCAGACCAGCAACUUCUCCAAUGGCUGA